GCGCUCUUUCAUACCAAGGUUUACCACCUAAUUAAAUACCCACAAAAUUCGUGAAGGAAAAAUCAUUGUGGGCACGCUUUCGUGGCCAGAUGCUGUAAAUUCCGCUUGAAGCCUUCUCUAUACAUGCCACUAAGUCUACUCUUGCCACUUGUCUUGUGCUGCCUGUCGUAAAACCAUGGCCACCGCUUCACCUGAGUCUCCCUGUCCAACUUCUUCCAGCAACAAGCGGAAGCGUUCCCCUAGUCCCGUGGGGGAGUCCUGCCCAUCCUCCCCAGACGAGACUAGCGGGAGCCCGGCAGGAAGCUGCAGCAACUCCACUGGUCUGGCCGCGGAUGCUGCACUAAAGGCUUCAAACGAUUUUGCCAGGAGAAGUAUUCUAGGACCCUCCAGGAAGAAGAAAAAGUGCGUUUCAUUUGAUGGGGUCACUGUCUUCUACUUCCGUCGUUCUCAGGGUUUCACCUCGGUACCCAGCCAAGGGGGCUCAACUCUAGGAAUGCUGCCCAAACAUGAGUUGAAGAAGUCCUUCAGCCUGUGUGACUAUUCCAAAGAGCAAGAGCGACUUCACCGCGUCAUCCUGAAGAGGCAGCUGAUUGAGAAGCGACAGCAGCAGUUUCUGGAGAACGGAGCCGCCGAGCUGGCCGAGGAGAUCUCCGAGGAAGAGAUCGAGGAUGAACUCAGCAGCAUCAACGUCUCGGAUUAUUACUUCUUGCAGCCCAUCCCGACCAAGCAGCGGCGGGCCCUGCUGCGCAUCGCCGGAGUCAAAAAGGUGGACAACGUGGAGAAAGUGGACCUGAAGAAGAUCCGGGUCUCGCGGGAGAGCUGCGGCUGUGACUGCAGGAACGUCUGCAACCCGGCGACGUGUGCCUGCGCCCAGGCCGGCAUCAAGUGUCAGGUGGACCGGUUGUCCUUCCCGUGCGGCUGCACCAAGGAAGGCUGCGGCAAUUCUGAGGGAAGGGUGGAGUUCAAUCCCGUCCGCGUUCGGACACAUUUCCUUCACACCAUCAUGAGAUUGGAUGCCGACAGAGACUCCAACGGCGGAGAGGGACCGAGCAGCAGCGAUGGUGGUGAGGAGGCGCCUAACGGAAUGCUCAGAACAUCCGAGGAGUACACCAUGUUGGCAUCCUGCACCAAACCGUGCUGUGACAACUCAACAACGGUGGGGGAUAACUCGGCCACAGGGUACACCAACUCCUUAAACCAAUACAACAAUGGCCAAAUGGCUUGCGCUACCAUAGUGGAAGGCCACCACUUGUUCCCCAACCAAUAUGGUGGUCGCGGUGUCGAGGGUAAUAUUCCCGUAGAGGUCAAGCAGCAUCUGAAUGUGCAGGACCUUAUUCCACGCAUGCUGCACUACAACGAUUCCGAUGAGACCCUAUUGAACCAUCACCACCAUGUUGGUCUCGGCUGCACUAAUGAUCCCGUCCCCUCCCUGGCCACCUACCCCCACUCAGACGACAGUAUAUUGACCUCCAGCUCCGAUGCCAGCUCCAACGACAGCUAUCAUUAUAACCAGUGCAACGAGUUUGCUUUCAAGGAAUCUCCAACCUACGCUGAAAUAAGCAAAGCCUCUGACAUGUGCGUCAGCAGCGCAGCCGACACUAGCUUCACAGAGGUCCCUACCAACAAGCUGAGUACAUUAGACGAAAGCUCCGAUUUACACUUGGGAUUGCCCUUGUGCAGUAGCAGCACGUUCACCGAUCUCAAUGCCCACAUUACUACCUUUUCAGGUAAUUUUGGUAAUAACGUCGUCCGCCAACCCGCACCCUCCAUCACAAGCAGUCCUGGCAGCUAUGACAAUGGUAUGAUCAUGGACUCCAGCGUGAGCCAAACGGAGCCGUGCCAUUUUGACAAGGGUGCCGUUUCCUCGACAUCACUGGACUCCACGCCCUGCACCACCACAAGCAGUUACACCAUCCUGAGUGCGCUGAAUGCCAUUGACCCCCUGGAUGAGACAGAGUUGGCCACAAGCAAGAUCAGCACGGUGGCUGUGUCCAUGGGGGACACGUUCAACCAUGCCACCGUCAAUCACUCGGAGUUCCACGAGUUGCAGAAUUGCAGCAGCGCCGAGGCGGUUGUGUCAGGUAUGGUCCGAGUAAAUUGUCCGGAUGUGAAGCUCACACCGAAUGAUACUAAUGGAGAGGAACAACCAAUCCACUGCUUUGAUUCCGUCAACAAAAUGGAGGAUCAAAACAAAGAUGAAAUGGUCCACUCUGCUCAAUUGAUUUGAAGCCCAAACAACUCAAGUGUUCACUCCCGUUGUUUUCCUUUGAAGUCUAAAGUUCGGGUUUUAAACUAAGGUUAGCCGUGUAGGCAAAGAAAUGCAAUAUGAUUUUGUUUUCUAUUGAGCAAACCUUACCACCAGCAUUGUUCAAAGUGGUCACAAUGCAUUUAUUACAUGUAGGUGGUGCUUAUACUCCUUAACAGAAAUGUUUUAAUUGUGUCCAGUGUGCCCAAUGACCAUUUCGUGUCAUAGGAACCAGAUUUAUACUACAUGGCCAACCAAAUUGCCAAAUAUUGCCAUACAAGCCACUUACGUGUUAUGAGCAGUUGCCUAUAUUGUAACACAACUCUUUACUUGUUUUUAUGUGUUUCUUUUUGUUUAUCUUAAUUGUCGACAAAAUUAUAACUUAAGUUGAAAUAAGAUACCGGUAACUAUAGUCUAAAAACACGCAAGACUAACUUAAUACAGAAUGUUCUAAGACACAAUGACGAGAUUUCUAAACCAAGUCUGAUUAAUUCUGAUUACGAUGUAAAUUUACAGGCAUGAUAUUUGAAGGCUGCCAUUUUCUUAUUUAAAUUAAUAUAAAGUAUACGUGUAUACACUGAAAAGUGUAAUCUCAAAUUUGUUUAUACCUAUUUUUUUUCCCAUAACAAUGCAUAUUUAAAACAGUUUAACAAUUCCAAACAAUAUAUGCACAAUCCAACGUGCACAGUGAAUGGGGAAAUCAGCUGUCUGCCUCAUUGAAAAAUUCGGAUAUAAACAUUUUGGGCAUGUGGACCUUGGAUGCAUUGAUAAUACUUGGAAUGGACCCAAUGCGUAGCGGCCAUCGUAGAGGGCAUCUUUUGUUAUUUGUAUUCAGUAACAAUGAACGCACACAAUAUAUUGCCCUUCAAGAUGGCUGCUACACAUAAUGUCUAUAGGUUUGGGUUUGUACUGAAUACACACUACUUAAAAGUGUCUGUUCAGUUCAGUUCAGGGUCAUGAUGGGUGGCAUGGGUGGCUUGUGCGUAAAGCGCUCGCCUCUCACCAAGGUGACCACGGUU